AUGAAAGUGGACGACGCGGAGGCUCUCCGCGCCCGAGUCCUGGAGCUCGAGGUCCAACUGCAAACCACUAAAGCCCUCCUUCGACGCAUUGAAAGGUCGAGCUCAACAUCGGCUUCAGAUCCUCGUGGGGAUGGAGGAAGCCUGCUGUUUCCUGUGCCCGUCACUCUUCCGGUAGGGACCUCGAUGCACAACCUCAUGCUUCUUUCCGACUCAGCCCUUCCUCUCGGAUCAUUCGCCUACUCCAGCGGUCUGGAAUCCUUCCUGGCUCAUAUCAAACAAGAAAUCCCUGCGCCUGGGCAGACAAAUCUCUCCCUUUUCCACAAAUUUCUCAAGCUGUCCGUCCAGUCAAUGGCUUACACAAACAUUCCGUACGUGCUUGCUGCAUUUCGUGAUCCAUUGGCGCUCAUGGACCUCGAUAACGAUCUUGAUGCGAGCACGGCCUGUAACGUCGCAAGGAGAGCAAGCGUCGCUCAAGGCCGUGCACUGUUGAGUGUUUGGGAGAAAGCCUUUGCUCCCACUGCAAAGGUCCGGCAUGAAGAGGAAGGGGACGAACUUGAGGGUAUCACUGCCCUUGAAGUUUUUGCUCGAGACUUGAAACUUUCAGCUCUAUCUCCUGGCGGACUGUCCAGUAAUGACCCUCACCAAAUUGCCGCUGUGAACGGACAUCUUGCCCCUGUUUGGGGAGUCAUCUGUCAUACCUUAGGCCUCAACCUAGAAGAGACAUGCUAUCUGUUCCUUCUCAACCACUCCAAAGCAAUCAUUAGCGCUGGUGUUCGGGCGUCCGUCAUGGGACCUUAUAUGGCACAAAACAUACUGGCAUCCAAAGAAUUGCAAGAGCUAUUGAGUGGCUGUUUGGAAAAAGUCUGGCUGAUGAGGCCGGAGGAGGCGGGACAGGUAGUCCCAUCUAUGGAUCUCUGGGUGGGAAGACACGAGUUGCUUUAUAGCAGGAUUUUCAAUUCAUGA